AUGGCAAACGCUGGUGAAUCAGCAGAGUUACCCAUCCUCAUCAUUGGGGCUGGUAUCACUGGACUGGCUAUAGCCAAUGGACUUCACCAGAAAGGCAUUCCAUACAUCGUCUUCGACAAAGACCCAUCCCUCUCCCCGCGCAAUGGGCGGGACUGGGGCAUAGCCUGCCACUGGGGCGCGCCGCUCCUGGCCUCGCUCCUCGGCGCCGCGAAAUGGAGCCGCGUGAGCUCGACCUUCGUCGACCCGAACCUGCCCGUGAGGCAGUCCGAGCACUUCCCGCUGUACAACGGCGCGACGGGCGAGCUGAUCCUCGAGUCGCCCAUCCCGAACCUGCACCGCGUGCUGCGCUCGCGCAUGCGCGCCCUGCAGGCCGAGGGACUCGACAUCCGCUUCGCCAAGAAGCUUUCUGAUUUGGAGUACUCGGAUGACGGGACGCGCGUGACGGCGCGCUUCGAGGACGGCACCGCGGAAACGGGACGUCUGGUUAUCGGCGCGGACGGCAGCCAGAGCAAGGUCCGCAGCCUGCUGUUAGGACAGGAGAAGGCGGCGCUGAAGCGGCUCCCGAUCGCGGCGACCUUCGUGACGGCGUCGUUUCCCGCGGCCGAAGCGAAGCGCCUGCGCGCCUCCGCGCACCCCAUCAUCAACGCGUUCGUGCACCCGCGCGGCAUGAUGGGCAUGUUCGCGAUCCUGGACGGCAGCGACGCAUCACGUCCGGAGACUUGGCAGUUCGCCUUCUACAUCUCGUGGCCGUGCUCCGUCGAGGAGCAGGCCGCCGAGGCCGCGGCGGGCAUGGGCGUCCGCGAGCGCCUGCGCCAGGGCAAGGAGAAGAGCCGGGGUUUUGCGGAGCCGCUGAGGAGCUGCUAUGAGCUUGUGAGUGAUGAUAAUGAUAAGGUGUAUUACGUGGCGAACGGGAAUUGGGAUCCGAGUUUGCCGGAGCACGGGUGGGAUAACCAAGGCGGACGCGUGACGCUGGUUGGUGAUGCGGCGCAUCCGAUGACUUAUCAUCGCGGGCAAGGCCUGAAUCAGUCGCUCGAUGACGCCUACAAGUUAGUCGAGCUGCUGACGAAGCCGGAAAACCGGUCUCAGGCCGAACUGAUUGACGCCUUCGAGAGCGAAAUGCGGCCUCGGGCCGGGGAGGAGGUCCGGCAGAGUGAGAAGAACACGCUUAUGCUGCAUGACUGGGAAAAAGUCAAACAGAGCCCUCUUCUCCAGAGGGGAGUUGCUUACGGGAGUGAGGGUAAAGGUCACAACAUAGCCAACUACCUAGCUAAGUGA